AUGCUGUGGAGCGGUGAAAAGGACAAUGCUGUACAGAGGAAGGAAAUAGUCGCUAAGAAAAAGCAACUGAAAAGGCUUUACGACGCUUGCCACGUCGAAUUAAAGAAGAAAAAGCUCAGCAAGAAACAUAACAAAGACAAUAAAGACAAUAAGGAGAAGGAAAAAGAGAAAGAUGAUGAGACGAAACCCGUCCGAUUGUUGAAGAAGAGAAGUCGACUCAACGAGAAAAUCGAAGAGUCAAAUGAACGGAAGCGUACGGCUCCCAUUCAAACGAAGGUUUUACAAGAGGUUCAGAUGCGAGACUCUGGCAGAAAGAAAGCCGAAGAAGCAAAUCGCUCACAGCAGCUUUCAUCCACUGAGAUCUGA